UAUUAAAGAGAUGGAGCCCCUGCGCAACGUUCAUGCAGAUGUUUCCCACCCUACAGGUUGUUAUAGAGUUUCUGUUGUGGAAGGCGACUACUAUUACUAUCAUUAUGGUGCUGAUGUUGUCAACGAUAAGGGAUGGGGAUGUGGCUAUCGCACAUUGCAGACUAUGUGUUCGUGGAUCCGUUUUCGACAGGAAGCUCUAGGCUUGCCAAGUAACAGAGAACCUACCAUCAGACAAGUUCAGCAAAUGCUAGUAGAGAUGGGAGAUAAACCGCCAACUUUCGUUGGCUCUCGUGAUUGGAUAGGGACUUACGAAGUCUCCAUAUGUAUUGACUUCAUGUAUGAGGUUCCAUGCAAGAUCUUGCAUUGUCGAAAUGUAGAAGAAGUUAAAGCUAACGCUGCGGCUCUUUUGGACCAUUUUAGUUCAAUAGGAUGUCCUGCAAUGAUUGGUGGUGACAGGGACGCUGCUUCAAAAACUGUACUUGGCAUUGCUUUACAUCAAGCAGACUCAUCUCAAUCUCAGCUGUUGAUAUUGGAUCCUCACUAUGUUGGUGUAGCGGAUGUGUCUACUCUUAUUAGGGAAGGAUGGAUAGGUUGGACUCCAAUGACACAGCUAUCAGACACUUCAUUCUAUAACAUCUGUCUGCCCCAGUUCCAGGCGAGACAAAGUACAUGAUCAAUACGUAGUAGAGAAUUAGAUUAUCAAUAGAGAA